AUGGACAGCCGCGUCGGCUCUGGGAACACCAGCGACUGUUCUGACCCCUUGGCUCCAGGGAGUUGCUCCCCAGCACCUGCCUCCUGGCUCAACUUGUCCCAUGUAGAUGGCAACCAGUCCGACCCAUGUGGUCUGAACCGCACCGGGCUUGGCGGGAGCAACAGCCUGUGUUCUUCGCCUGGCAGUCCUUCCAUGGUCACAGCUAUAACCAUCAUGGCCCUCUACUCUAUCGUGUGCGUAGUGGGCCUCUUUGGAAACUUCCUGGUCAUGUAUGUGAUUGUCAGAUAUACCAAGAUGAAGACUGCCACCAACAUCUACAUCUUCAACCUUGCUCUGGCAGAUGCCUUGGCAACCAGCACACUGCCCUUUCAGAGUGUCAACUACCUGAUGGGAACGUGGCCCUUCGGAACCAUCCUCUGCAAGAUCGUCAUCUCGAUAGAUUACUACAACAUGUUCACCAGCAUAUUCACCCUCUGCACCAUGAGCGUGGACCGCUACAUUGCGGUCUGCCACCCGGUCAAGGCUCUGGAUUUCCGUACCCCCCGAAAUGCCAAAAUUGUCAAUGUCUGCAACUGGCUCCUCUCUUCUGCCAUUGGUCUGCCUGUCAUGUUCAUGGCAACUACAAAAUACAGGCAGGGGUCCAUAGACUGCACCCUCACGUUCUCGCAUCCCACCUGGUACUGGGAGAACCUGCUCAAAAUCUGCGUUUUCAUCUUUGCCUUCAUCAUGCCGGUCCUCAUUAUCACCGUGUGUUACGGACUGAUGAUCUUACGGCUCAAGAGUGUGCGCAUGCUGUCGGGCUCCAAGGAAAAGGACAGGAACCUGCGCAGGAUCACCAGGAUGGUGCUGGUGGUCGUGGCUGUGUUCAUCGUCUGCUGGACCCCCAUCCACAUCUACGUCAUCAUCAAAGCCCUGAUCACGAUUCCAGAGACUACCUUCCAGACGGUUUCCUGGCACUUCUGCAUCGCCCUGGGUUACACAAACAGCUGCCUGAACCCUGUUCUUUAUGCGUUCCUGGAUGAAAACUUCAAGCGCUGCUUUAGAGAAUUCUGCAUCCCAACCUCCUCAACGAUCGAACAGCAGAACUCCACUCGAGUCCGUCAGAACACUAGAGACCACCCCUCCACGGCUAACACAGUGGAUCGAACUAACCAUCAGACCAGAGAUCCAAUGUCAAACCUCCCGAGAGUGUCUGUAUUUUGA